UGUGCAGCUACAAGGCUGCGCAGCCGUCUCAUAACUCACCGAAAACUACAGCUCAUGGCCAUUUACACUGCUUGCGAGACCAAAAAGAAUACUUGGACAACCCAACAACAUGGAGCUAGCUAACGUAAUGUAACGCUAUGAAGGCGAAACUUUGUGCACUCUUUUUUUGUUUCUCUAUUCGCGACUGACCGCAGGAUUCCAUAGGCGGGAUGCACUUCGCGGAUUUUGUAGCCGGGUCUGUUGGAGGGGCAUUCGGAGUGGCUGUGGGCUACCCCUUUGACACAGUCAAGGUCAGGAUACAAACCCAGAGGAGGUUCACUGGCGUUUGGCAUUGCAUUCGCACCACCUGUAAAACAGAAGGGGUGUAUGGAUUCCUCAAAGGCAUGUCAGUGCCUGUCACCACGGUCUCCAUCACAUCCUCUGUGGUCUUUGGCACCUACAGGAACUGCCUGCAGUGUCUGCUCCAACUGCACUCUGGGAGCUCUGAGGCCCCGCCCACAAAGCUGGACGUCUUCCUAGCAGGGUUGGCAGGAGGUGUUGCCCAGGUGUCGGUCAUGUCCCCAGCGGACAUAGUGAAAGUGAGGCUGCAGUGCCAGAUGGAGCCGCGUCAAACUGCGGCCACCCAAUCUGUGCCCAAAUACCGUGGGCCUAUGCACUGCCUGUUUACCAUCGCCCGUGAGGAGGGUGUGCUGGGCCUGUACAGGGGUGCUCCGGCCCUUGCCCUGCGGGACGGGCCCUCCUUUGCCACCUACUUCCUGACCUACAGCACCCUCUGUGAGUGGCUGACACCGGCCGGUCAGAAGCAGCCAGAGUGGGUGGUGGUCAUGUUGGCUGGCGGCGUGGCGGGGGUGGGAGGUUGGACCGUCGGGACGCCCAUGGACGUGAUCAAAGCCCGUCUGCAGGUGGACGGAAUGGGGAAGAGGAAGUACAAUGGCUUCCUGCACUGCAUCACUGAGAGCGUCCGUCAGGAUGGCCCGGGGGUCUUCUUCAAGGGCCUGGGGCUCAACUGCUUGCGUGCCUUCCCGGUCAACAUGGUGGUGUUCAUCACGUACGAGCUGCUGGUGGGCUUUCUCAGGACAUCCCCGUAGCCCAGCUGUGGCUUCCCUGUGCUCCUGGCCUGCUCUUAAUCUCCAUCAUUCAGUGCUGGAACAUGUAUCUGUUUCCAGCAAAGUUGUUGGCAAACUUGAACAAAAAACUGUCUCAAGAACAGUGAGACUAGACACAUUUGUGCAGCUACC